CAUUUAUUGUAGCUGUAGCCGUCAAUGAAAUCCAGAACUGUAUGAUACUCUAAAUGGAAGACAAAGGUCCAAAUACAAGAGGAAAAAAUAAAAGAGCAAGAGACUCUCUUGAACUUACCAAACAGAGUACAAAUCUCUACCCAACUUUAGAUAGUGGAAAUGAGUCUGAAGACAAUUACAGUGGUUGUGAUAAAGGAGCAUAUGAAAACGUUGCGCAACUAGUCGGUGUUUUAAGGAGCCAAUCCGAGGACUCUGAACCUGAAUACUCAGAUGACGGGUCUGAGGUAGAAAUCCCUGAAGUAGAUGACAAACCUGAGGUCGAAGUAGACAGUUCUGAAGAGCAUACGUCAUUCAGUGACACUAAGUGUUUUAAAAUCAUAAUAUUUCUUCUUUUGUGUUUACCAUUUGCUGUUCCUCUGAUAAAGAAUACUAUAAGUUGUUCCAUAAUGCUAGAAAGUAUGUUGGAAGAAGAGUUGGAUGGUUUUCCUCUUCUUUCACUCAGCAAAAAGUUAGAGAUAAGGCGUAACAUCAUCUCCAAAAUAGACAGUUCAACGAGUUCUGACCCUCUGUCUAUUUUUCUCAUGUUUCAUGAAGAUCAGCGAAGUAGCGUUACUUCAUUCGCAAAUAACAUUGCACACAUAUUUUCUAAGUGUGGCAGUGAAUAUUUAAAAUCUUCAGAAUCCCUAUCAAGAGAAUACCUUCUCAGUCAUUUCGGAGACCUUGAUACAAUAUUGGAUCACAAAUUUGAAACUACAACCUCAGCAAUUGUCAUACAGGACUUCACAGACCUCAGUUGGAAUCAGGCCAAAUUAUUUCUUAGGUACUGUGAUAAUGAGAAUGCACCAUACAAGGACAGGUUGUUUGUGUUCACAUCUGUUGUCAGUGAUUGUGUCCCUAUGAAGCCUGAUAAAAGUGCUGAGAAUGCUCUUCUGAAAGCUUGGAGUCAAGAAGAAGAGACCAUUGAAGCGCUAGCUGUCAGAGUUAGUGCUAUAAGUGUUUGUUUCAAAUAGAUUUUACAACUGAUUACCCUGAAUUAGUCACUAUCAAACAUUUAUACAAUCUAAUCAUUUUGAUGUCAUCAUCAUCAUAAAGUUUUUUAAUGGGAAAUUGUGUUUAUUUUAACCAUUCGUAUUUUACAGAUUUUUGUUAUAUUCUCAUAUUAUUAUAGUACCACAAGUAUUUUAUUCUUCAGCUGAUGACUACAUGUGCUAGUUAUUUGACUGUCAUAAACACACUUAAUUGAUAGGCUUGCUUGAUUGUUGUGGCAUGAUAAGGGCAUGAUGAAGUUUGUAAUAAAUACCAUAUGAUUACAUGAGGGAGUCUUUAAAUUUACCAUAUAAUAAAUAACAGGGCUUGCUUGAUUUUUUUAUGUGG